AUCAUUCUUGGAAAGGGGCGUGUGUUUACGAAAAAUUGCACAUUUUUCAUAAAAUAUUAAAGUAAAUUAAUUUAAAUUUAAUUAAUUAAAUUUGUGAUAAAAUAUUAAUAAAAUUAAGAUUAAGAAUAGAUAGGAAAUAAUUUUAAAUUAUUCAGUAUCUGGGAAGAUCAGACUAGAGGUCAAGGAAAAAGGAGAAAAAGAGGAUGCUGAAGAGAGAUGCAAUCGCCUAAUAAUAAAGGAAAAGCCGCAGAAAACAUCUGCGGCGAACAACAAUUGAGGCAAUUUGGUAAAUUCCUGGAUUCUCACAGUCAUCUCCUGCUCUCCCUGGAUGGUGAUCACUCAGCCCCAGAACGAGGUGGAACAUUCACAAAAUGCCACACAACAAUUGACUACAAAUACCGUGGAAAUUGCGAAAAUAUCUCCCUUUUCCAACUUGUGGAAUCCGACAAUAAAGUUCUCAAUAAGAACAUCAUUGUCUUCGCCUUCCUGAGUGAUGAGAUUGAGUAUCUGCGCAAGGAGGCGGAAAGACUGCAACUCAAUCUCCUCUACUACGAUGAGGAUGUGGCAGAAGGGAAGACUGACACCGCACCGGCAAGCAAUGUGAUCAAUGAGAAAGUUUCCACUGUGCUGGAGUACCUCUGCAACACGCGGCAAUUCCUCGAACGCUGCAAUGACGUCCUGGAGCUCACCGUUAAACAAUUUAGUGCCUUCUUCGAUGACAACAAAUGCCUUGGGAAUGCUGACAAUUCCACAUGCUUCCAUGCCAUUUCCGACAAAAUGUGUGAUUUGUUUGUGAGUAUUUACAUCUUCGAUGAGAUCUUCGGGGGACUGCGGUUGCGGCAAUUUUGGAAUCCGUACAAGAAACAAAUGACAACUGUUUGCGUGAAUGGUGAUCAAUUUAGGGACUACACUGAUGUUGAUUUGAAUGGACUGAAGCAGAUGAUUGGGGACUUGGAUGUCCUCUUUCAGGGUAGACUCGUUGAGAGUGCCCUGGAGCGGUGUGUUAGGGUAAAAGGAAUGGUGCCAUCGAAAGCAUUGGGGCGUUUUGCCACACAAAUGCAGGCCUACAUUAAGAGAACACUCGGUGGUGUGAUGAAAUAUCCGCAAGAUAUAUCCGAGUUGGGGAACUGCCAGGAAAUUCUCAGGGUGAGCGUCAUGUGCAUCUUCUAUCAUGCCUUCUUUGGUAAUCUCGAUCAGAAGUGCUUCAAGAAUCUCCUCGAGAUUAGCAAUAAAUUCUGCGGAAUCACCCUCAUUAGCAAUAUCGUCUGGUGUCCGGAAGUCUUCAUUCGUCGCCACGCAGCCACCCUCCUCAAGGGUCAUGAGCGAUUUGUGAGUGAUGCCAAUAAGGUGCGACAAAUCUUCUUGACCACAAAAACUGCCAAUUUGCCAAAGGAAGUGAACUCAUUCGCUUUCCGCACCCUCUCGUGGACCCUCCAAAUGAUGGCUGAACAAAAGAUGGCAAAGAGUGAAGUUAAAAUCGAUCAAAUACGUGUCCGGGCAAGUCUCUUCACCACCGGCGUGAAACUUGCCGGUCAAAUGAGUCACUUGAUAAAGUGCGUGACGAAUCUUCAUGUGAUCGUGCAGCAACCAAUGCAAAAGCACACAUUGAUGAAUGUCUGCAAGCUCCUAGAGCUACUAAUCAGCAUCCCGGAGGUGUUUCAGCACUUUCGCACGUUUAUCGUGGAAAGUGUCAACAGUAUCAUCCAGCAUUUUGCCUAUCAAGCCAUUUACUUGGUGAAUGCCGCCAAGAAGACUCUUUCGCGUGAUAAUUACAACGAAAGAAUCCUCGACUCCCUGGCGGCACUCCAAAUUGCCGAACGUUGCUUCUACGGUCCAGCAACGAGGACACGAAUUAACAUUGCCAGGAUAGCCCUUUGUGUCUUUGAGAGUAAUGCAACGAGCCUCAAUGUGGAGUAUGUUGAGAAAUUGAUGAAGAUUCUCGAGAGGUUGUCCCUCAUUGUGGAUCUACAGGACACCCUCAAUCGUGUUUGUGACACUUCAUUCCUUUUCUGGCACCAAUCACUAUUCCGCAGCUACCUGAAGCAGUAUUUUGACCAAGGAAUAGAUCAUCAGCGUAUCCUGGCUACUUUUGCGGGUAUCAACAAAUGCGCAGAGGGUAUUGGUGAGUGCAAGAUGGUUAAAUUCACGUGUCAGGAACAAUUUAUUGAGGGUGUAAUGAAGACAAUGAGUAGGGAAGUGAUAAUGCGGCUGUGUGGACAAAUUGAGACGAGUCUCCGGUUGGAUUUCCACUCCAACUUGCAAGUGGAUGCCGUGAAUCCCUUCGUGAGGGGUUCAAUGCUCGUCAACUCGUCUGCCUUGCUAGCUGUGGAGCCCAUAAGGGUGGCAGAUCGCUAUGUAAGCUUGAGGAGAAGCGUUGAAGCCUACCUCAGCAAUAUGUUCUACAAUCUAACGACAAUUUCCCUCCACGACUGGCGUACGUAUGGUGAGAUGAGACGUCUUGCGGGGCUGAAGAUGAAUUUGGUAACUGUGGCUGAUCACUUGCCGACGCAGAUUAUUGAACAGGGAUGCGAUGUACUGGAUAUAAUGCGAAAUAUUCACGUUUUUGUCGCACAGUAUGUGUACAAUUUGAAUAAUCAAGUAUUUAUUGAGCGCACCAGUGCCAAUAAGCACCUCAAUACCAUCAAUAUUCGUCACAUUGCCAAUUCCCUGAGGACCCAUGGGAUUGGUGUUGUGAAUACAACUGUUAAUUUCACGUACCAAUUCCUCAAGCGGAAGAUUUAUGUGUUGUCACAAUUUCUCUACGAUGAACGCAUCAAGAGUCGUCUUGUGAAGGAUCAAAAGUGGUUCAGGGACAAUCGUGAGCGUCUUGGGCAAAUGUAUGCGUACGAGAGGGCGGAUGCCUUCAAUAAGGGUAUCCGGAAGCUUGGUAUUACGGAUGCAGGAGAGAGUUAUUUGGAUACUUUUCGCCUUCUUGUGAGUCACAUUGGCAAUGCAAUGGGGUAUGUGAGAAUGAUGCGAUCCGGAUGCAUUCAUACGUGCUCCAUGGCGAGUGCUUUCCUACCAUCUGCAGAGGAGCGUGGGAGUCUAACGCUGAGUGAGCUGGCUACGAAUGAGGGACUCUCAUCGGCUACGUGCACAUCAGCAGCCAAUCUGCAGGGAGACAUUGAGCAUUUGUGGCGACAGUGGUCAGAAGGAACGGAAUACUUUCGCCUCCUCGUCGACACAUUGGCCCCCUUUCUGCGAGACGCAAAGAAUGUCCACCUGAAGACCUUCUACAUCAUCGUACCGCCACUCACAAUUAACUUCAUUGAGCACAUUCUGAGCAUGAAGGAUCGCAUGGGGAAGAAGAAUCGACAGGAUGCCCUCUUUACGGACGAUGGAUUCGUCAUGGGGCUGGCCUACAUCCUCAAGCUUCUCGAUCAAAUUGAUGACUUCAAUUCACUCCACUGGUUCCGUGCAGUUAAGGUCAAGUAUGCAGCUGAUAGGGAGAAAAUUGCACAGCAGCGAAAGGAAAUGGGUACAGUGGAUGAUGUGAAGCUACAGCAAACGCUGGCGCUCACCGAGAGGCGUAUUCAGACAUUCCAGCAGGAAUUUGAUCUGCUCUACUACAAUUUGAGCAGUGCCAAGAUUUUCUUCAGUAACUAAGGAGGAUUAAUCACACAUAACGACCAAAGAUGAUGAGGAGGAGAAAACAGAGAGCGGAAGAACCUGUAAACAGGGCAGUCAUAAAAAAUAUUUUUUGCAUA